AUGUCUUCAGGCAAGGCUGGGCGGAGGAGACGGUCGAGCAGUAUCAUUUAUCAGGAGCCUCCCGAGUCCAUCGAGCGGACCAGCGACCAGGCUGCCCUCCCCAAUCUGAACGCAAAUUGGGUCAAUGCUAAGGGUGCCUGGACCAUUCACUUCGUCUUGAUCGUGGCUCUGAAGAUUCUCUUCGACAUCAUUCCUGGCGUCUCGCAAGAAACCUCCUGGACGCUCACCAACAUCAGCUAUAUGUUCGGCUCUUUCCUCAUGUUUCACUGGGUGCGGGGCAUCCCUUUCGAGUUCAACGCCGGGGCGUACGACAACCUCAACAUGUGGGAGCAGAUUGACAACGGCGACCAAUACACGCCGACCAAGAAGUUCCUGCUCUGCGUGCCCAUCUGCCUUUUCCUUCUCAGCACGCAUUAUACCCACUACGACCUGACGUAUUUCACUAUCAACUUCCUCGCUACGUUGGGGGUGGUCAUCCCGAAGUUGCCGUUUUCGCACCGUUUGCGAAUAGGUCUCUUCUCUGACAUUCCCGAGGAGUAG